AUGAAACUGUUGGCCGGCCAGCCCACUGCUGCUGUGCAGAUGAGGAAGGCUGUCCGCCAGACCUCUGGCAUCCUAGGUGCCCGGCUGCCUGUCCACUGCGCCCCGGUGUCCAGCCUCAUGCCACGCAAGCAGCCAAGCAAGGCUGAAAAGGACACACACAAAGAGGCUGAGAUCCCGGGCAAGGGCAAGGUGGGAGAAGUGGGGGAGAAGCCCCCCAAGGACAAGGAGGAGCCUAAAGCCAGCAAGAGCCCUGGCUCAGAGACCCGCUCCAACGCGCACACUGGCCACACGCACAAGAGCAGCAAGAAGGGCCACGGCGACCCCAACGCUGCUGCCAUCAAGGUCUACUCGCCUUUCCUCAACACUGUCUUUGGCAAGGAGAGGGAGCUUUCCCCGGAGGAGAUAGAUGAGCUGCUAGAUGCCUUCAAGGAGUUUGAUACAGACCAGGAUGGCUACAUCAGCUACAAGGACCUGGGCCCUUGCAUGCGGACAAUGGGCUAUAUGCCUACCGAGAUGGAGCUCAUCGAGAUCUCUCAGCACAUCAAGAUGAGGAUGGGUGGCCGCGUGGACUUUGAGGACUUUGUGGACAUGAUGGGGCCAAAGCUCAGGGAGGAGACGGCCCACAUGGUGGGUGUCCGGGAGCUGAAGAUUGCCUUCCGUGAGUUUGACAUGGAUGGAGAUGGGGAGAUUAGCAGCACGGAGCUGAAGGACGCCAUCUCUGCCCUCCUUGGGGAGCAACUCAAGAUCCAGGAGGUGGAGGAGAUCCUGCAGGAUGUGGACCUCAAUGGGGAUGGCCAUGUUGACUUUGAUGAGUUCGUGAUGAUGCUGUCCUCCCGAUAACAAUGAUUUGUGGGGGGCUGGUUGACCUGCUCCCCUCCCCCCCGCUGUCUCCAUGCUGCCUCAGAGGGACCCAAUGGGCUUGACAUGGAUCUGCU